UUUUGGCUGUCACUUCCGCAGUAUUAGUAGACAGGCACCAUGUUUGAUCUGCGUUUGUAUAUUUCGUUUAAGACGUCUGGGAAUCACUCUCCCAUUAGUACACAUAUAAAAGUGUAAGUGAAAUGAGUUUUUUUCAUGGUUUUGAUUUGGGUUGGUUGACUCAUGGUUGACUAAAUGAACGAAUAAAUCUUGCGCUAGAACAUUAAAUACAUUGAAGCAGAAGCAUUGGAUACUACCAUGGCACAGAAUUCACAACCUACGUUAUCGCUGGAUGAAGUCAGAAAAAUCCUCCAGGAGAUCCUGGAUGCAUUUGUAACUCCUGAGAAUAAAACACGCAUGGAUGAGGUGAAAGACGCAGCAGGCAACGACAUGAUGAAGAUGAUGCAGAUAGUGUUUCCCGUAGCAACACAAAUACAGAUGGAGGUCAUUCAGAAAUAUGGGUUCAGUGUGGACGGAGAAGGUGCAAUAAAGUUUGCCCAGUUGGUUCGACACUAUGAGACGAUGGAUAGUACUGUUGCUGAACUUGCCUCACAACUCAAGUCAAUCUUCCUACCCCCCUUGCCUCUCCCAGCCCCUCCUCAGAGCCAAGCUUCGGUAGCAUCAUCAUAAUAAACUGUCAUUCUACAUACGGCAACUCUAUUCUCGGACAGCAUUUGCACCUCUAGCUUAGGAAUGGCACCCCCUUACUUCAUGUGUUGUUGGAUAUGCGGCAUGGUGUACCUCCCUUCCUUGCUAUUGAAGGGAUGCAACAUUUUUCCUCUGGUAAAGGGGCACAUGCUAUGAGGAAAAUGUAGAUUUGUUUAGAACUUUCCAAGGGUACAACAACAAAAGCAAAGUGCACCGUGUUGCUGUGGGUGCUGUUUGUUAUUUGGAGGCUUGACCUUCCUGUUUUGUAUCCAUUGAAGUCCGGGAAGCUCAGGAAAUCUUCAGAGGAUUUUCAAGGGUGGUACUUCUGUGCAAGACAUGCAAGAGAGGAAGAGGUGCCUUAAGCAUUGGUGCCCUUGGCUUUGGUGCCCUUGACUUUGGUGCCCCUGGCUUUGGUGUCCUGAACUUGAAGAUUUCCCAAUGGAAGGUGCUGAUUGAAAAAUAGAUUAUUGAUCCUCUUCAUGAAAUUCCAGGCAAUUUGUUGUAUCAUAUUGACUUAUUUAUUUACUGAUGAUAUCUUCUGGAAUUAAAACACCUUCAUUUGUACCCACCUGGGCAAUAACAUUUGAUACCAAUAACUUGUUUACUCUUAGAUACUCAGUGUGGUUAUGGCCAGCCAAAUUAAAUAAAUAAAUAGCUACGGAAAUUGGGUCAAAUUGGGGGAAGUUUGCUUGGCAUGGCAGUUUUUUAACCUGUGCUCUACCUCUUUGACCCCGGUUCAAAUCCCGCCAGGGAACCAUGUCGAUUGGCUUUUCAGUCCCAACCUGAAACUGAAUUCCUUCCUUGUCUGUAAGGGAUUCUCGGCAAGUACACUGUUCUGUUUGUUUUUCUUUAAAGCCUUGACUUCACAAGCUGAAUUUAAAACAGUUACAGUCUUGCCCCUUUUCCCCAUUUUGGGUAUUAUUGAUUCAUAUUCGUUUAUCCUCAAAAUAAACACAUACUAUGGUAUUUUA